UUUCUCUUCACUCACUCACUCCUAAGCCCUCCUAAGGGUGAAGCUGCCUGCCUCACCAUUCUCACGCGGCCAUUGUUGUAGUCUGUGAAUUCACGCCAUUCAUGGAUUUGAAAGCAAAUCUUUAUUAUAAGAGAAGGUCUAUCGUUGUCCCUGCAAAAACCCUAAUCAGUGAUAGGAAAUUUUUAAUUGACUUCAUUGUGACUACUUACUUGGGACCUGAUGUCCACUCUGAUAAUCCAAGAUGUUCUGUUAUUCAAAGAUCAAUGGCUGGUUCGCCACCAUAUAUGUUGAAUGAUUUGGGGCAUUCCUAUGUUAGCAUUCCUCUCUUAGAGAGGUUGUAUUACUAUCUCCUCAAAGAUUCUUUACCUGACCUUAUCUUAGAUAUCAAUAUGUUGCAUUUGUAUCUAAAGGGAAAGUUAUUUUUGCCUAGCUCUGACUUCACCGAGGAUAGUGAGCAGUUCACUGGUUUUUUCCCUUUGGAUCUUCAUCAACAGAUAUGGUACCCUGAUAGCUUUAGGAUUGUUAAAGGGGUUGUUUUAAUUGAUGAUCCUUCUACAUCUUGCAUCAAUGAGGAUGAUUUAAGUAGAUUCAUGUCUUUAACUGGUGUUAACACUUUCAAGUUAAAUAUGAGUGAAUGUCUACGUUUUCAACUUGGUCGUGGAUUGAGCAAGGAAAGUGAGAGUAAUUGUAUGAACAAAGUCCCAGAGACUAUUCCUAAUUGGGGAUGCCAGUCAAGAAAGUUUCAACAAGAGCACAAGAGAAAGUAUGUUGAUGAUACUCCGCCAAUACCAGAGUUUCCGCGCGUCUUCCCUGCAAGACAUAAUGCUAAUGGAGAUCCUUCCAAGAAGAUGUGCAAAUCUGAUAGUCCUACCAUGAUGCCCCUUCUCUCUAUUCCCGACAUUGAUGAUUGUGACCGAGAUUCUUCUGUUAUUUUAACAGGGACAGCCAGAAGAGGGCUAUUCGGUCCAUCUGUUGGUGUUGUGGAUAUUGGUAUUAGUAAAGUGGCAUAUCUAUUCCGAGUUUCCUUACCAGGGGUCAAGAGAGAUUACACAGGCCAGUUCAGUUGUGAUAUAGAAUCUGAUGGGAGGGUUCACAUCAGAGGGUUGUUAACUGGUGGAAGAACUAUAACGAAACAAUCACGUGUUUUCCAGAUGAAAAUCAGACAGUUAUGCUCUCCUGGACCAUUCACGCUUUCAUUCAGUCUUCCAGGACCUGUUGAUCCAAGACUUUUUGCACCUAACUUCAGGCCUGAUGGCAUUUUUGAAGGAGUUGUAGUCAAGCAAUAGUUAUCGUGUAAGAGUUGGGUAUCUCGCUUUUCUGAAGUUCCCAAAGAGGAGAACCAGAUUUCUGAUAUUUUUUUGUCGGAAGCCAGAUUGCUUCCAAUGUUAUUUCUGUCCUCUGAAUUGAUUAUGGACUAAUUUUGUUCUUGUACAUAUGAAGGGAAUAGAAUGAUCUAUUUACAUCUGUAUGCGGGAAAG